AUGUGUCAUCAUCAGCCUUUGCCUAUGAAUGAAAUCAAAUUUCAUAUUAAUCGAUUUCACAGUGCAACUAAUAUGAUGUCUCAUUAUCAUCAACCUCUAAGCCAACCAUUCAAAGAUCAACAACGAUCUAUCCAUCUAAUUACCCAGUGUAAUUCAACAAGUACUAAUCGUCACGAAAAUUAUCAUCUUUGUACUUCAACGAGCAAUGAUUAUAAUCCGGAAGCAAGGCGGAGUGCAAACUACCAACCUAGUCUGUGGGAUUACGAUUUUAUCCAAUCUCUCAAGAGCCAGUAUACGGAAGAACAGUAUACUGAACGAGCUGAAAAGUUGAAAGAAGGUGUUAGGCAUAUGUUUAAAGAAUCCCAUGAAUGGCCGCUACUAUCUUUGCUGAAGCUUGUUGAUGUUAUUCAAAGAUUAACCAACAUUGAUCACCAUUUCUUUGAUGAGAUAAAAGUUGCUCUUGAUACUAUAGUUUCCACCGAGGACAUGGAUAUCUGUGGAGAUCUUUAUACAAUUGCUCUAAGAUUUAGACUCCUAAGACAACAUGGAUAUGAAGUUUCUCAAGAUGUUUUUUUAAGCUUUGGGGAUAAAUUGAAAAGAGGUGAUUUGAAGCAUGUAGAAAAACUUGAAACCGAAGAUGUUACGGGAAUGUUGAGUCUCUAUGAAGCCUCAUUCUUUGCCUCUGAAGGGGAAGAUAUUUUGGAUGAAGCUCAACAAUUAACUGUGAGGCAUCUAAAUAAGUUUAUAAGCACGACAAAUCCACACUCGAUGAUCAGCAAACAAGUAAGGCAUGCGUUGGAACUUCCUCUGCAAUGGAGAGCGCCAAGAUAUGAGACUAGUUGGUUCUUAUCCAUUUAUGCUCACACCAGUACGGCAGAAGAAAUGGAUCCUUUAUUAUUUGAGUUUGCCAAGUUAGAUUUUAACAUGGUCAGCAAAGCACCAACAUGA